AUGGCGGCGGCGCCGCGCUCGUUCAGCGCCGCCGAGGUGCGCGCGCGGGUCGCGCGGGGCGGCUGCCUCGUGCGCUGCCGCCGCCGCCUCUACGACCUGAGCGGCUUCGUGCGGCUGCACCCGGGCGGCGAGCAGCUGCUGCGGAGCCGCGCCGGCACCGACGUCAGCGCCGCGCUCGACGGGCCCCCGCACCGGCACUCGGACAACGCCCGCCGCUGGCUGGAGCAGUACUACGUGGGGGAGGUGGAGUCCGGCGACGAGCAGAGCGACCCCGAGCCAGUGGCUGAGGUGCUGGAGGAUGCUGCAGCCCAGGCCCCGGCACGGAUGGAUCCCCGCUGCAAAGCAGUGGACGAGGAGAAGGAACUGGUGGACUGGCAGAAGCCCUUGCUGUGGCAAGUGGGCUACCUGGGGGAGAAGUACGACGAGUGGGUGCACCAGCCCGUGGACCGGCCCAUCCGCCUCUUCCACUCGGACAUCCUCGAGACCCUCUCCAAGACGGCGUGGUAUGUGGUGUUCAUGGUGUGGACUCCCGUGGUGCUCUAUCUCAGCUGGGUCAGCUACACCUCCCUCGCCCAGGGCAACACCAGGCUCUUCUCCUCCUUCACCACAGAGUACUCCAUCCCUGUCCACAAAUACUGCUUCCCCUUCAUCUUCCUCGUGGGCAUGUUCCUGUGGUCCCUGCUAGAGUACCUCAUCCAUCGAUUUGUCUUCCACAUGAAGCCACCCGCUAGUAACUACUAUCUCAUCACGCUGCAUUUCCUGCUGCAUGGGCAGCAUCACAAGUCUCCCUUUGACAGCUCCCGCCUGGUGUUCCCACCCGUGCCGGCCUCGCUGGUGAUCGGCUUCUUCUACGGCGUCCUCCGGCUGCUGCUGCCCGAGGUGCUGGGGCUCUCGGUGUUUGUCGGGGGGCUCUGUGGCUACGUCAUCUACGACAUGAUGCACUAUUACCUGCACUAUGGCUCGCCAAAGAAAGGCACCUACCUGUAUGGGUUGAAGGCCUACCACGUCAAGCACCACUUUGAACACCAAAAAGCAGGCUUUGGCAUCAGCACUCGCUUCUGGGAUCACCCCUUCCGAACACUCAUCCCCGAGGAGACCUUUGAGAAAGACGACUGAUGGCCCCGGUGCGGUGCCCGGCUGGCGGCUCCGUCCCUCCACGCUGGUGCUGGCCUCCCUCUGUGGCACUGACAAAGGAGGAUGGGGGACAGGGAUGCAGGGAAAAGGGAGGAGGAGGUUGCAGGGCUCCCAGGGGGGCUCCUGCCAUUUCCUCAACACCUUGCUGCUCCAGGCCACGGAAGUGCGGGCAGGUCUGCUGCCCGAGAGAUGAAGUGCCCGAUGCCACCCUCCCUCCCCAGCCCUAGCACCUUCCCAGAGCCCCCCACCCUGAGCCUCUGGCCCUGCUGGGGUGCCCCUCCUCAAGGCACGAACACCCUGCUGUUAACCCCGUCACUUAACUCGUGCCGAGGGGUUUCCACAUCCCGGCUCCUUCUGCCGGCCCGACGCCAGCACAGGGUUCUCUCGGCCUGUGGCCCAUGGGGUGGGGGUCCCACAGGUCUGGAUUGUGCCUUUCUCUAACCCAUGCACCUGUAUCCCUCUGCCAGAUUCCCCGAGUUCAUGGGUUUUGUAGACAUUGGCUGCCUGCACCUCCAAUGAACAGAAUUGCUACGAGAUGCCUUGUUUUUGCUGAUCCUGUGAUUAUGGUUUGGUUUUUUUCUAAUGUUUACUGCAGAUAUUUAAAGGUUUGGAAUAAAGUUAUAUGUAAAACUGUAGACACUACAAAUGUAAAUAAACUGUAUAUUUUGAACAAUAAA